UGCGGGCCAGGGCCCGGCGGCGCUGCUGGGGUUGCGGUGAUGGCCCAGAUUCGGGCCGCGGGGCGCCUCUGCUGCCGGGAGGUGACGGCCCAGGGACACAGCCCUGACGGCCUGUCUGACUCUCUCACCAGGUGGUGGGACAGGCUUCGUGGGCAGAGCCCUGACCCAGCUACUGCGGAGCCGAGGGCACCAAGUGACCCAUGUGUCGCGACGAGGGGGCAAGGAUCGGAUCAGCUGGAGCUGUCCCGCUCUGGGCUGCCCCCGUGUGAUGCUGUGGUCAACUUGGCUGGUGAAAAUGUCCUCAACCCUUUCCGCAGAUGGGGUGAUGCCUUCUGCAGGGAGGUCACCAGCAGCCGGGUGGAGACCACGAAGACCUUGGCCAAAGCCAUUGCUGCUGCUGAACAACCCCCCCGUGCCUGGGUCCUCGUCACUGGCGUAGGUUAUUACCGCCCCAGCCCCACAGCUGAGUACACUGAAGACAGUCCAGGAGGGGAUUUUGACUUCUUCUCACGCCUGGUGAGCUCGUGGGAGGCUGCAGCUCUCAUCCCUGGGAGCCCAACUCGUGGUGUUGUGGUGAGAUCAGGUGUAGUGCUGGGUCGAGAUGGUGGUGCAAUCUCUCAGAUGCUCUUGCCUUUCCGUCUGGGACUUGGAGGCCCUAUGGGCUCUGGACUCCAGCCCUUCCCAUGGAUCCACAUUCAGGACCUGUCUGGGAUUUUGUGUCAUGCCCUGGAGACAGAGUCUGUGCAAGGCAUCCUCAAUGGUGUUGCCCCAUCCUCCCCUGGCACCUCCAAUGGCUCCUUUGCUCAGGAGCUGGCGGCAGCCCUGGGGCGCCCGGCCCUGUUGCCGGUGCCUGCCUGGGCUGUGCGGGCUGUCUUUGGGGCAGAGCGGGCGGUCAUGCUGCUGGAGGGACAGAGAGUGCUCCCCAAACGCACUCUGGAGAGCGGCUACCACUUCAUCUUCCCCGAGCUGCCUGCAGCUCUGAAGGACAUUGUGGCUUAAGGCCUCCCCAGUUGGGCUGGGCCCUGUUUGUGUGAGCUCCCAUGCCUUCCCAUGAAAGAGGGGAGCCCUGCCCCUUGAUGCUUCCCCAUCUCCCUACAGAAAGGGUGAGAAAAGGAUCCCCUUUUCCCCUGUAUCUCCUUGUGUGCAUCCCCAGUUUAGGAGUCAUCCCUCUUACUGCCACCUGAAUCUCAACAUCACCUGCAUUUGGGGAAAGGAAGGCACGAGCCCCUCAAAGGAUUGUGACAGGGAUUUUCCAUUUUCCCUUUUGCAUGGUGUUUGUGUGUGCGCUGCUGGCAGUGGCAGCAGGAAACAGGUCCUAAUGCUGUUGUGAUUCUUCCAUGGUACUGGAAGUCACCCUUCCUGUUUUUCCUCAUGAUGACACAGGCAAAGCAGAAGAGCAUAAGUCUCUUUCUAGGUCUUGGUGGUUGUGGGAGAAGAUCCAUCUUAGGGUGCUGAAUACAGAUUGCUUGGAGACUCUGCCCUCUCUUGUGUCUGGUACCAGGCUGAUGUGUCAGUACCUUCAGCUGAAUCUAGUCCAAAGAGUUACACCCUUCCAGGGUUCCAUGCCCCUUGUGCUGUGGCAGGGAUGAGGGAGAACACUGCUUUGCCAGCCUGUAGGGAAAAGGGUGACAGUCAGACUGUGCCCCCUUUUGCCUUGGCUACAUGCCCAUUACAUCUAAGCUUGUGCUGAGGAGAGCUGGGUGGUUCAUCAUUGUGUGAGGCAGUGCAAGUCACAGCUUUAGUCUAAAGGAAGAUUUCAGCUAUUGCCUUCAUUGUGCUUACCUCAAAUCAGGGUGGUUUUCUUUUAUUGAUCCCAUGAGGUGGUGCUUGUGUUCAGGGUGUUCCCCCUGACUACACACAGAAUAUCCAAGCUGCCUGGUCUGCCCUGGGGGGCAGUACCUCUACCCUUGUAAAGCAGAUUGCGAUUUCAUCAUCUCACAGUGGCAGGAAAUGUAUCCACAUGCUUCCCUUCCACAGCCUAAAGUGGGUUGCAGGUUGUGAAGUCCACAGAGCAGCAAAGUUUAUUAUAGCAGUACUUCUGGAGAGACAUUCCUACUGUGAUGUAAGUUAGGGCUAGAAAAGUCUAUUAAAAGGCACUUCAGGCAGAUAAAGACCUACUGUUUACCAUCCAGAGCAGCAGCAGUCCAUGUAUUUUUGGUUUAUGCCAUGCUAUAGUCAGAGCAGCUGAAGGAUCAGUCUUGGUGAAGUUUAGAUGUCCCACUCUCCUGACUCUUUGCCCGUACAUACUGGAGACAGAAUGGCAAUGUGCUGGCUUUCCAGGCAGGAAAAAUAGAGUGGGACUGCAGAUGGAACUGGACAAAGUCCUUGCAGUUAGUGUAAGCACAGCCAGGUGAGGUGGGGCUUUGGGAGUAGUCAUGAAAGCAACAUGGUUUGAGACACAUGUGGGUUUCUUGGACUGUGUCUUUGCUGCCUGUAAGUUAGGUACAGCUUCCUUCCUCUUCCCAAGAGCUUCAGUUUUCUGUGAGAGUAGACUGACAUACUCUGAGAUACAGACCCAGUUCCUUGUGGGCCAAUACCAUGGGGACAGUCAGCAGUGCUGCUUUAGUUACUUCAGCUGAGUAUUUAGAGCUUCAGAGCUUCCCCAGAUGUUGUGGUCUGCAGCAUCCUUCUGUCAGGCAGGCAGGCUAGCCAGCCCAGUUAGGUUGUUGCUGUACCUGUAUAAACCUUGAUGGGUUUACACAAUGAGUUGUGAUUGUAAAUGAGAACAAGUAUUUUUGGAGAACUGCCAUCUUCAGCUCUUCUGAAAGAGGUGUUUGUAUCCCACAGAGGACUGACACUAAGCAGAGCUCCCAGGCCUUGGACUCAUUGUCUGGAUGUAUAACUCAGGACAUUUGAAAAGUUGCCUCUGUAUGAUGUUUGGCUUAAAUAUAUGACAGGUUUAAAUGAGCCUGUGUCAUCUGAAUCUGUGUAUGGGAUCUGGAAGCACUGUCUUCUGAGUGCAGUUAAGACUAAAUUCACACAUGCCUCAUGCCCCUUUCUUUGCAGUAGAGCCAGAAAAGGUGCAUGUUUGGGUGACAGCAGGCUGAAAUCUCAAUAGAAUAUAUCUAGUUUUGGUGUCCUGGCCCCCAGGCUGCAAGGCUGUGUGAUCCUGGGUACAGGUGUUGUUAUCCCAGGGCUGGCAUUGCAGUGCUCAGGGCUAGCAGAGUGUUUGCAGGCAUACCUGAGCCAAUGCUGUGCCCCUCUGCAUCGGGGCAGGUGUCUCUGUUCCUUUAGAGGUGAAUGCUUUUGUUAAGCCAUGUGAAAAGCAGCAGCUGUGGCCCAGGACCCUCCUGUGUGGCCACUGACAUCCCAGCCUGGGGGUCUUGUAGCCAGUGUUUCUGUCCAAGCUGAGGACACAGCUGUUCCUUCCUGUUUGCAGGGUAAGGCAGCCCUGAUGCUGAGCUGUGUCACACUCAGACACGUGGACAGUGACACACAGAUGAUACUGGCAUGGCUGUUAGCACCCACACACGGGACACAGGUGACACACAGGCACGUGCCUGAUGGAGCUGGCAGACUCACGUGACACCCUCAGGGUUCACAAGGACGUGCACACUUGGGAAUCCUUUGAGCACUUAAGUAUGACCCCUCUGUCCACCCAGCACUCUAGCAUGGACCACAGCAUCCUGACCCAUCCCACAGGUCCCCUCCUUGCCAGCUGCUCCAGCUUGACACCAAAGUCAGCACUCAAGUGCUUAUCCCAAAGGCACACCACACUUGCAGGUAUCUCCAGGUACCAACACGGAUCCCUUGCCCUCCUGAUAACCCUGCCCAUACCUGGAGUCCCCCUACUUGGAAUUGCUGCUGCUGGAUAAACGUGUACACCUGGUUUGUGGGAUAUACAGUUGCUUCCUCCAGAAUCAGCACAUCUGCUGUCCUUCAGCUGGCAUGGAGCCCCUGACUCUCCUUGCUCACGCUUGCUCCCCCAGCGGCUGCUCUUGUGGGCACAAAGUAUUCCUGCCUCAGUGGUUGUAGGGCGAGUUCCCACUGGCUCCAAGAGCUGCUACCACAGGCUGGGUCUCUGCUCACCCUCUCUCCCUGUCUGAUUUGAGGAGUUGGCCCCAGUAUGCCAGCUGCCUACCACCUGGCACUUGGUCCUUGCAGACCACAGAGGGACCCUGGGAGGUUGCACAGAGUGUUACAGAAAGGUUAAAUAAGCCAGGACUGUGGUGGUCAAGUGUAGAGCUUAGCCAGACCAGCACUGACUGCUCUCACAGGUUUGCACCCAACCAGGCUCUUGUAACCCUUUUCUGUCUAACCUCUCCUGGCUGCUCCCUGUCCCAGCAUAGUUCCUCAGCAGCUGCCAUCCCACUGUCUUCAUCCAACAUCCUGGACACUGAGUUUUGCAUCCUUAUCAGUUGCAAAGUCCUAGGCUGCCUACAGCUUCUUGAGAGCUCAUCAGCUGGUGUGAGUGAUGCCAUUUGUUUCUGGUUACUUGCCUAGUUAAUGCUAAUUGGUCAGGAUUUAUGAUGUGUCUCCCAUACUUCCCUACUGUAAAAAUAAAUGUUCUCAGCCUCACACAGCCUUACCCAUUUUUGUGACUGAUCAGAUUUGUUCUCAUCACAGCCUCCCCCAUCAUGCCUGGUUCAUCUCUAUGUCUUAUGGCUCCUUUGAUCAGAUAUCCCCAAAUGAGCUGACAUGCUCCUUUUACAUCCCUGGACACUGCCCUGCUGUGGGAUUCUGACAGGGGCUGCACUCUUCACUCCCCUGGGGCCUGAAUGGGCCCCCUCAUGGGCUCUACUCCCAGGGGCAAUGACCCCUCUGGGCACUGAAGGGGCUGUGUGUGCCAGCAAGGGCUGCAGUCACUGUCCCACAUCAGAGGCAAUGGGCAGGAACACACUGAGGCACUUAGGAUCAGUAGUACCUCUGUGUCAGUUUGUACAGGCAGCUCUAGGGUCUGGCUGGGAUAGCCACAUCUCUCCAGGCACCAGGGCAUGUGAUAGCUGUGUCCAGGCUGAUCCUGGAGUUUUGGGCUCAUUCUGGCAGAGAUGAGUGAUCUGCAGUGGUGCCUUGCUUUGGGGUUAGCUCUGGGCUGACUGCUAAGUUGCAACAUAGUAUUAAAGACAGAAAGGCUUAAUUUUGGGUUUUCUGUACCAGUCAUAGUUCUGCACCAUUUGUAUUGUUAGUCUUCUUUACACAUUCUUUCACAAAUUGUAAGCCACUGAUUUCCUAAUUAAAGUUGGUAUUUCCCUUCCUUGUA